CCGGAUCCAGUACGAAGCAGAGCGUUCAAGUACGUCGCCUGGAUUAGAUGAUACAAUAGCUGUACACAUUCAGCGAAGUCUUACUGCCUGUAGGAAUCGUUCGCAAUCAAUACCAUUUCAGGUUUUGGAUGACUCAAAUACAGCUGAAACCACUGCUUGCAAAAAGGCUUGCUCAGUACAUUGCAAGACACCAUCAAACGUUUCAUCCCAAGGUGAUCAUACUACUACUACAUCUCCUGCAGCAUCUCCGGAUUUACGGACGAAGGAGAACACUGACAGUGAUGCUUCUAUGACAUCUCCUGAUCCUUCUCCAGAUUUUGCUUUGCGAAGAAGAAGGGAGUCAUUCCGACAGAUACAUGAAAGCCAUUCUUUUUGUCAUUGCAGAUCUGCAGAAACAGCAACUUAUGAACCGAGGAAAAGACCAAGGUUGACGGUCACAAACUGUGAAAGUGAAAAUGAACCUUGUACACCUACGCCAAUAAAAGAGCAACAAAGAAGAGAUGCAGAAGUAGAGCAACACGUCAUUCCAGUGGAAUACUGCAGACCAGCUGGUUUGGACAAGAAUAUUGAUGCUCUCAAGUAUAGGCGUGUUGUGGACAUUGCGCAUCUGGUGACGGAGAGUAGGAAGUUGGAGGGCCAUGAAUGUGAACAGAAUCGGAAUGGCCACUUCUCCUUCCAAAGAGAGAUAGUACGAGGCUUCAAAAGCGUCCUAAUUUUCGCCUGUGAACAUUGCAAUCAGGAGCGACGCAUUGAAACUGUCACAUGCGAUGCAAAGGAAGUCAAUGGAGCGGCAGUUAUUGCUACGAUGGCUAAUGGUGGGGGCCACGACCAUAUGGACGAAUGGUGCGCCCAUAUGAAUGUCCCUUGUAUGGCUAGAGGAACAUGGAAAUCAUUGGAAGAUAGAUUGUGCGAUGUGAGUACACCAAAUUUUUUGAGGCACAGUACCAAUCAAAAGGCUUAUGAAUUUCUUUAGAACUAUCGAAUUAGGUACUUCAUUCCUAACUGUUGGAUAAAAAAGAUGAAGAGAGUCAUAACAAGAGAUCAAAAUCUAGCAAACAAAUACAUUUUGCAGCAGUGGACAGCGUUUAGCAGAAAGGAAUAAAACAUUAGCUAUUGCCAAAUUUAACUGGGUAAUUUAAUUUUUUAAAAGAGAACUUUUGUGCAGGUUCCAUUGAAAGCUUUUAGUAAUUUUCUUCUUACUAUGCAGAAAAUUCAAUGAAAUUUGCACAGAAAUGGAAAAAAUUAAUUUGCCCAAUAAAAUUUGGCAAUCAAAAAUACAGCUUCGUUUCUUUCUGCCUUAUGCAGCCCACAUGGUGUCAAAAGUUCUUGAUUUUCUCCAUUCCCUGACAAUCAUCCCAUUUUUCCUAAUUUUCCGGGAGAAAUUCCCUGUAGUGAACUCAGGAUUUCCACGUGUUUUAGACUGGAUUUUUCUGGGGAAAAACCCCCCUAAAAAAAGGAUUUUUCUUCCAAGUCUAUGAGAAGAAGACCAACAUUAUCAUCCUACAUCUGAUUUUUUGAAGCAGAAUCAACAUGAAUCACCAAAUUUAAGCAUAAUUUUAUUGCAUUCUGCGCAAACGGAUCCUAGAGCAUUCCACUGUUGCGAGGAUUGUUGUGAUUCUUUGGGAUUAAACAAAUGAGAUCAUGAAAAAAAUUAAAUUUACAAAGAUAAGAAGCUAAUUUCCAUCUAGAAUUUUUAGUUUAUUGGGAGUAAAUAUGAGACAUGUUUAAAUGA